AUGCCAGGCGAGAGCGCGUGGAUGCCGGCGCUGGCGCUGGCGCUGGCUCUGGCACUGCCCGGCGCUGGACAGCAGCACCUGGAGGAGGCCGAGCGCAUCAUGACCACCACGCCGGUCAUCGACGGGCACAACGACCUGCCCUGGCAGCUCCUCCGCAAGUUCAACAACCAGCUGAGGCUGCCAGCAGCCAACCUGACGCUGCUGAACGACACCCACACCAGCAUCCCCAAACUGCGCCGGGGGCACGUGGGCGGGCAGUUCUGGUCAGUGUACGUGCCCUGCGAGACACAGAACAAGGACGCGGUGAAGCGCACGCUGGAGCAGAUGGACGUGGUGCAGCGCAUGUGUGACCUGUACCCCGAGACCUUCGCCUGCGUCACCGACAGCGAUGGCGUCCGGCAGGCGUUCCAGAGCGGGAAGGUGGCCAGCCUCAUCGGGGUGGAGGGCGGCCACUCCAUCGACAGCAGCCUGGGAGUCCUGCGCACCCUCUACCGCCUGGGCGCCCGCUACAUGACCCUGACCCACAGCUGCAACACCCCCUGGGCUGACAACUGGCUGGUGGACACCGAGGAUGAAGAACCUGUGCACCACGGCCUCUCACCCUUUGGGAAGAUGGUGGUGGAGGAGAUGAACCGCCUGGGCAUGAUCGUGGACCUGGCCCACGUCUCAGUGGACACGAUGAAGGUCGUGCUGAACAUCUCCAAAGCCCCCGUCAUCUUCAGCCACUCAUCUGCCUACGCAAUCUGCCCGCACCGCCGCAACGUGCCCGACGACGUGCUGCGGCUGGUGGCCUCCACGGGCAGCUUGGUGAUGGUCAACUUCUACAACGCCUACGUGACCUGCAGUGACAAGGCCAAGCUGUCCGACGUUGCAGACCAUUUGGACUACGUGAAGAAGGUGGCCGGCGCCCAGGCUGUCGGCUUCGGUGGGGACUACGACGGGGUCAGCGGGGUCCCCACUGGCCUGGAGGACGUCUCCAAGUAUCCCGCGCUGGUGGCCGAGCUGCUGGCGAGGAACUGGACGGAGGAGGAGGUGAAGGGAGCCCUGGCUGAGAACCUGCUCCGGGUCUUCAGGGAAGUGGAGAGGGUGAAGAGGAGCCUGCAGGGCACAGCUGCCCACGAGACCCCCAUCGCCUUCGAGGAGCUGGAGGGGUCGUGCAGAACCAGCUACGGGUACGCCACCGGCUCCAACAGCGCCGGCACUGCCCGGCGCCCUCCGGCAGCCCUGGCGCUGGCACUGGCGCUGGCCCCGCUCCUCUCCGUGCUCUCCUAG